AUGGAGAUCGUCAACAAUAAAACCCUGCCGGAGUUGGCCUGGCUUCUUGUUGGGCCUCUAGUACUCUUUUAUAUAUUCAAGGUGUUCAUCUACAACGUAUACUUCCAUCCCCUGCGCAAGUUCCCUGGCCCUUGGAUAAACAAAAUUAGCAUUAUCCCCCAUCUAUACACGGUUUUCCAGGGUAAACAAUCCUUCGAACUCCUCAAGCUCCACCGCAAAUACGGCCAUGUUGUUCGCUACGGACCAAAUGAACUCAGCUUCAGCUCAGCCCGUGCUUGGAAAGACAUCUACGGCUCCCGCCCAGGCCACCAAACCUUUACCAAAGGCACCUGGUACGAUGGUCUAAGCAUCUUUGCAGCCCAAGACGUACGCUCCAUCAUCACGGAGCGUGACCCCGCGAAACACGCCGCGAUUGCUCGGACAUUCGGGGGUGCCUUCUCACGUUCCUUUUUGAACGAGAUGGAGCCUAUGAUCAAUGACUACAUCGACCGCUUCAUCCAGCACGUCAAGUCCAAGACGGCCAACGGCGGCGUCGUGGACCUAACUUUCGGCUACAGCUCCAUGACAUUCGACAUCAUCGGCGACCUGGCUUUUGGACAAGACUUUGGCGCCAUCGGGAGGGAAACCAUCCACCCAUUCAUCCUCGAACUCAACGAAUCCUUGACAUUCACCAGCUUCCACGAGGCGAUUCAGCAAUUCCCGGCUUUGGGCCCCAUCGCUCGCUUCUUCUUCCGGGAAAAGGUUAACAAGCUCGAAGAGACCGCGCGGAAGGGAGGCGAAUUCGCUCUCCAGGUUAUGAAGAAGCGCGUCGCGGAGCAUGACACAACGUCGCGCAAAGACUUCUUGACUAAGGUAUUAGAGCAGCGCGCCAGUUCCAAGGUACAGAUCUCGGAGAUCCAGCUCGCUGCGCAAUCAUGGGACUUUAUCGGCGCAGGCACAGAGACGACAGCUUCGGUUAUGACAUCCACGACGUACUACCUACUCCGAGACAAGAAGCUUCUUGCCGAACUCACGGCCGAGAUUCGCGCGGCUUUCCCUAACGCUGAUGCGAUUACGAAUGCGUCCACCGAAAAGCUAGAACUUCUCCAUCGCGUGUGCCUUGAGGGCUUGCGUCUUCCGACGGGAGCACCACCCAUCCUACCGCGUCUAGUUCCCAAGGGCGGUGACACCGUCGAUGGUCAUUUCAUUCCGGGAGGCACUCCAGUUACCAUCGCCCCUAUGGUUGCAGCACUCGACCCGCUUAAUUUCAAGGAUCCUCUGGAGUUCAAGCCGGAGCGGUGGUUGGGCAAGAGCGGUGACAUUUUGGAAGCGAGCCAGCCCUUUUCGUACGGUACCCGCGCAUGUGCAGGAAAAGCCAUCGCGUUGAUGGAAGUCCGUGUUACAAUCGCCAAGAUGCUCUACACGUUCGACAUGGAACUGGAGAACCCUGACUUGGAGUGGACCGGCAACGAUUUCAACAACCUGCUGCAGUAUGGUCUGUGGGUCAGGCCACUCCUGAACGUCAAGGCCCGUGUGGCUAGUAAAUGA